CUACACUGGCACUGGUACCACUGGCUGGUAAUUAAGCGAACAAACGGUAUUUCGCGGUUGGGUAUUAGACUUGAGAAUAUAUUUUUAAUUAUUUUAUGUACGUAUUUAUCUGUACUUUUUUAAUCAAGUUCAAGACCCAUUGUAUAAACUAUAUUUUAUAUUUCAAUUGGUUUUAUUUGAAUUAUGUGCGGAUUAAAACUUCGGACUUGCUGAGAAGAUCGUCAUUCACACGAUUGAAUGUAAACAGGACGUAAAUAAUCUUAAAUUACAAGAUUUAAGUUAAAAGUAAACAUGGUGUCUACUCGCCUUCAGAGCACAACUACUACGGGGGGAGAUGCUGUUGAGUACAGUGGUAGCGCACGAGCCAUGCGCCACGGUGGUGCGCCUUCUCAUGAAAUCACCUCAUACACAGGACCUUCUCACUCCCAGGUGGUUCACAGUCCCCCUUCACCUCAAUACAUCUCUACCACUCAUUUUCUGGACCUGCCGAGUGAUUGCAUGGAAAAAAUCUUCAGCUACCUGGGCUUCAAACAUGUGUCUUAUCUACGAUUGGUUUCAAGACGGCUGGAUCAGGUGUGCAGCGCAAUAUUGAACUCAACGUUCCAAAAGCUGCAGACGCAGAUGCUCCACCGAUUCCAGAAUAUCAAGUCCAAGAUGCCACGACGUGAGAGUGCUCGCAGAAACCACCCUUUGGCUUGUGAAAGUGACAUUAUUGAGACACUGCACAUGCGACUCACUCUACUGCAAAUGAGUUUCGGAAAGCACAUUGAACGGAAACAUAUCUGCUUCUUUGCUGGCGAGAUUCUAGACGAGGUGUAUCGUAUUCUGCACUACAUCAAGGUUACUCCAAAGCUGGCAAGGCCUUACAAAGUGACAGAUGAGCUUUUUGAUCUUUCAACAAUGGCCAUGGAGUACUUUAAAGAGCGAAUCGAGCCCACCUUACCGGAGAUUGCUUACUUCGGAACCGACUUCCUUGACUUCACUGCAAGCAGCAACCGUUACCUGGCCUUUGAAUCUCCUCCCCACGGAAUUACCAGGGGAGACGAGUCUCCGACCACAAACCAAUUGGAUGACAGGAAUAGUGUUCCUCAGCAGAACAACAUUGUGUUGAGGAAACGUAUCCGCAAGAUCAAACAGGGCAUGAAGCGGUAUAACUACCAACUGAGCCAGAUACGCAAGGAAGUACGCUGCUGCCGAAGCAAGAUCGCUGACCAGCAGAAGCAGAUCGUUGAGUAUGCCUCUCGACUUGACGAGAAUGACAAGAAAACUGAAGAGAGCAAUCGUAAAUUUAGCACAAUGCUUCAGGAAUUGAACAAGUGCAAAACAGAGCUGCAGUACUGGAGGUCCAAGUCUCCAUUGACUUCCUCUGCUUGUGGUGGUUGUGGCCAAGUGAUGACUCCUGUACCUGACCAAUCGGAUAUAGAAGCUUUGUCCAAUCAGGGAGCGCUUCUUCCGGACCUGGAAACUGUUAACAAUCUUUUCCUUGCCCCAAGCACUUCGUCUGAGGAUGUUUGGACCAAAAUGGAUCCCUUCCAGGCGAGCGGCAGUAGCCAUGCAGAGCAAAGGAACAAACGGAAGUCAACAGAAAAGUCCGGAGCUCCUCCUAAAAAGCAACGAAACGUCUUCAAGACCCGCACCAAACGUCUAUAGGCCACUUCGAGUCUGUUGAUUAUCGAGCUUUAAUUUAUUGUCAAGCAUGAUUUUGACCCUGACUUUUUCUUCGUACCCUUGUAGUGCCCUGGUUUUAAAGUGAAAUGAAUGAUGAACUCGGCUAGUGCAAUGCCUAUGGAAUUAUUUUAUUCGAGAGUGUUAAGAUAUUAAUAAAUGGCUGACCGGUCAGUCAUAAGUGUACAUAUUUAGAGUCAUGAUUAUUGUUUAUUUACUUUUACUAUAGAAUGCAUUCAUAGGUUAGAAAAUAUUUAUGUAUCACGAUCAUUUAUGUUAUGUUGGAUUAUGUUUAACUAUGUUACAAAUUUUAAGUUUAAUUUAUUUAUUAAAAAAAAAGAUUGAAAACAUGUUUUAUUUUGUACUAACAAUGGGCUUUACUAAACAGAACUACAUACACUUAAUUUUACAAUGUACUGCUAUGCACCUGCUUGUUGUUUAUUAAGCUCAAAAGUGUAUUUUCAAUUAAUUGUUUGUUGAGGAUCUCAAGUAACUCUAUGGUUCCAUUAUAAUUGAUUGUUAUAUCUCUAUGCUUUCUAUGUUUGAUAAGAGUUGUUGACAUUAAAUGCUAUAAGCUGAAUUUCCAAAGCAGUCAAGUACUACUCCAGCAGUUAAGGUUGGUUAAAUUAUCUUGGUAACUUUUAAAUAUAGUUUUAAGUAUGUAAGUUUAGUUAACUAUUGUUGGCAUCUCUAGUUUUAAUAAGUUAAAUACGCUUUUAUUCCUCCACCAAAUUAUACAAAUCUUGUUAAGUAUGGAUAGUGCAUGUUAAUUUAGUAACCAAACACUUGGAAAGUAAAAUUGAGUAUUAGAAAUUUUGAACAUUAAGAUGAGUUUUUGACUAAAAUAUGACUGUUGGUCUUUGAUUUAGGAUCAAUUAUGUAUGGAAUUAAUAAUUCAGUUGGCAAUCUGUAAAAGUAUAUGAUGCAUUUGCUGCUAGGGAGAAACUUUUUGCCUUCCCUCGAGGCUAAUAAUAAGGGCGGGCCGUAUUAAUCCAAACCUACAGUAAUCCGAAAGUCACACCACUUCAAAUGGCCUUCAGUCACAAUCAGUUGGUAUUUGUUGAUUUUCAUGUCACAACAUGAAAGCCAGCUUGAGUCACUGGGUACGCUUAUUACUACUUCCUUGGUAAUCGUAACAUUUUAAUUAUUUGAGUAUCUCGAGUAAACAUAUUAGGAUUAAAAUGGCCUGCUUUUACUACAAAGUACAUCUAGAACAUUAGUUCUGUUUCAGAGGAUUUAGGUACUGUACUACAGUUUCUCCUGUGACUCGUCCGUCACAUUAUAACAAUAUUUCUGUGUUCAUGGGAAAACUGUAGUUCAUUAUGAAAUAGACAUUAAAUUAAAAUAUACUAUUCAAUAUAAUAUAUGAAAUUCCAUAUAUUAAAUUGACAACAGUUAUCUUAUAAAAGAAUUGUUCUUGUGGUUGAAAUUGGUGUCAUGAGAUAAAAUUGUUAAUUUGUUGUGAAAUUCCUUGUAAGAUUUCAUUAUAUUAGUGACAUUCUUUUUAGUUAUCUCUUAUAGCAGCAACUGUGUUAUGUACAAAACUAUUAUACAAGUAGUGAUGGGCUUACCUGUUCUUUUGAGUGAGCUGUGAAAACCGUUCCCGUUCACUUAUGAGACCUGUGAUGAAAACCUGUGAUUCACAGUGAUUCCAUUCUUUCUGAUCUGACAGUGAAAAGAAUGUUUGGUCACUGUAAGGGACUGGUGUUACUAUGAGCUGAUUUGCUUUUUAAAGUGAUAACGUGAUAUUUGUAGUAACAUCAACUAAUAUAACUGUAUGAAAAUUCCAUUAGAUAACAUGAUAAAAAGCAUAAAUACUAUUUAUAAUAUUAAAAGCAAAUGUGUUUGUAUUUUUAAUUCUUAUACAAAGUUUUAAACUGGUUUAAAACUAUUCAUAUAGAGCAUGAUGAAAAUGUGUUAUUUCUAUUUUUAAUUAGAAAAUUUAGUACAAACAACUACGUAUGCAUGAAAUGUUAUGUUUUUUUAUUGUUGGCAUAAAAACUUAAAAUGUAAUUUCUAUAAUAUUUAUAAUUCUUUAAUCUUUAUGUAUGAAGUAAAAAUAUUGAUAAGAGAUAAAAGAAAUCUUGGGCUAGAAGUAGUGGUCUUGGAAGAUAAUUUGUGGUUAUAUUACAUAUUUAAAAGAAGUACUGUUGAUAGCGGUACAAAAUUCCAAAGAGGACUUGUUUUAAUUUCUUCUAGGAAAUACAGAUACAUUCAUACCAUAAACAUUCACAUACACAUAAAUUAGUAUAGUGGUUGUCAGGUAAAAGGAAAUGUGCUGGAAUCAGGUUCAGUAGCGAAAUAGCACUGCCCAACGGAAUCGUCGCAUUGAGGAUUGACAACGUUCAGUUCAGUUUGUUAAUAUAACGGCGAUUUGUGUCAAUUGAAUCACUAUGGAGAGCUGUUCAUCCCAACUGAACCAUGAUUACAGGUUGACCUGUAAUUAAAGAAGAACAGUAAAAAAUGUACAUGUAAUGAUUUCAGUUCCAUCACUAUACAAAAGUAGUUUCAAAUGUAUUGAUAUUCUUUCAUUCUAAAUUAGUGUUCAAAGAUCGCAGAUUCUGAUACUCUAAUUUAAUAUCUGAAGGAUAACAAGAUUACAAAUAUGUGCUUUCGGUAAGUAUUAAAAUAAAAAAAGUGUUUAUUAUUGUAAUCUGACCUCUUCUUCAAGUUAUAAAAAAUAUAAUCAAUUCAAAUUAAACACAUGGUGACAAACAACAAAAUUCAACAAAAAAUAAGUUAUUGUGUGUCAAACAAACAUAAACAUACCUAGCAUCACCACAUGAGAAGAAGCACAGGUGAAAAAUUACUCAACAACACAGAUUUACCACUGAAACAUGAAUUAUACGUCAUAGCACUGGAUAAGAAUGUGCUUCAUUUGAAGAAGGAUGGCAAAUGUCCAUAAAAAAUCCCUUUUCCUUCAUAAGAAUGUGUUUCUUUUAUUGCAACACUUAACUAUGGCAAAUCUCUGUGAUCCUGUUAUCCCUUAAAAUCAUUCAUAAUCAGAAACAAACUUUAGAUAAAGAAUUAAUUUCUGAACUCAGUUAAUAAUGUGAAGUUUGUUGAUCCGAAAGAAACAAACAAGUAAAUUUAGUAUAAGUUUCCUCUCAUGUAGUCCUCAGGUUUCAGUAAAACUGAUAAAACAUCGAACGCUCUUGUAAAUACAACUUAGGUUAAGGAGCAAGCCACAAAUUUUUAUUAUAGUUGAAAAAGAUCUAUCAUAUUUUACAUAUUGUCCCUAGUCUUAUACAUGUAUGAUUUUACGAUAUCUUAAGUUUUUCUUGUUGAAAUCUUGAAAGUUUUCACCGAUGCUUCCUGGACUCACAGUGGUAGAAAGAAGGAGCGAGAUCCAAAACCAAUUGGAUACAGCCAAUUUAGUGUUUAAUGUUGUACAUACAUACCCAUAUUUUAGCAUCAGAUAUUUUGUAGACAGACUUUUGGUGUGAGUACUGCAGGAAGUGAGCUGUGCAGUGCACGUUUUCCAACGGCGAGUUAUUUUUCUGAACAUGUUUUAAUUUGGUCAUUGUGCUUUUGCUGUAAAAAUAAACCGAUUCAAGAUUA